AUGUCGUCCCCGUCCCGUCCCCCAAUAAGGUCGCGUGACAACGCCGAGGCCUCCAGACAGGUCAAGACCGGCGGCGGUAGCAUGCUACGCUACAAGACCAGCGAGUUUGUGUCGCUCCAGAACGGCCAGCAGAACUCGUCGUUCCAGCCAACCGCUCUGGACAAGGACAAGCCCGCCAGUCAACUUCUGAGUCGAGUGUGUGCUUAUACCGACUAUGAGAAGCAUUAG